GUUUCUAUAUUGGAAAGUGUGCUGUUACGUAUGCACAAAACCACCAAAAAAACGACGAGGACGUAACAACAUGGUUAGGUCGCAUUCUGUUCGUCAACCAGGGAGAUAUGGAUCAAACAGAGGCCCGUUUCGCCGAUCCAUCAGAGUGAGUCAACGGUCGGCCGACUCGGCCUUAGGACUCUCCGAAAGUAUGACAAAGUCUUCAUAUUCUGAUACUGAUUGUAGGUACAUGUCUCGACGAUUGGAAGGAGGCGAAUCAAGGGCAAUAGCUUAUGCACCUUCUACAAAUAAUCCAAUGGAAAUUAAAGCCGCAACUGUACCACGUUAUUCGGAUAUUCCACUGGCGACUCCGAGAAGCGUAAGAGCUAAACCCAGAAUAACGACACAGUCGCUGGACAGAAAAUUGCUGAUGAGUCCGAACGAAGCGGAUCGCUCGCCAGUUUUGUGCAACAAAUACGCAUUGGAUGAUUUUGAAGACGAAACGUCGAGGUGGAGGCACCCGCCUCAAGAUAAGGUCGAGAACUCGGAGAAACCGCAAAGCAACGAAACACCCGAAGAGUUGGAUGGCGUUGAAAAGCGAACUUCCUUUCGUCCCAGAUCCUUGCCGAGAAGAUGUCUUUCUGUGGAAGGAGCCACGACGACGAAUCAUAGAACGAGUUCGUCGUCAGGACCUCGCCCAUCUUCUAUCUAUUUAGAAAUGGAAUAUAUGAGAAGGUCGCAAUCUACUAAAAGUAGACGCACUAGGAGCAAUUAUUCUGUCGCACGUUCUUACAAACGGGGACCACCACCGUCGCCGAGGAUUAUGUCGCCGAUGGGAUUUGCCGUGCAUCGACAGGUUUAUGCCGACGAUAUUGAUUUUGACUACGAGUACUAUACCGCUGCGGAUGAUCAGGAAAGACAGCCGACCAAGCCCGUGCCUAUCUGGCUGUGCGUCUUUUUGGUCGUCAGUUACAUAUUUGGUGGCGCUUAUCUUUUCAGCAAAUGGGAAGAGUGGCAUUUCCUCGAUUCGGCUUACUUCUGUUUCAUCACGUUGACCACCAUCGGUUUCGGCGAUUUUGUGCCGGCGUACAAGGUGGACGCGCAGAAGGGCAUCGCCCUUUGUUCUCUCUACCUGCUAUUUGGAAUUGCCUUGCUGGCAAUGAGCUUUAAUCUGGUGCAAGAGGAGGUCAUCAACAACGUGAAGAGCGUCGCGAAGAGGCUGGGUAUCAUCAAAGAGACCGACGAGGAGGACGUGGAGGAAGAUGAGGAGGAGGAAGGGGAGGCCGAGGACUAUGACGAAUACGACGCCGAGUACGAAGAUGAGGCCUAUGAAAACGAGCCCAAGCUCUGAUCUCGCGGUUUUCAACUUACUAUUCGACGAGAUCGGGGACGCGCGAGUCAUCCGUCUUCGUACAUGGUACAAGAUCCAGGGGAUUUCUCGGUUCACGUCCCGAUCGACAUAUGAGUCAGUUUCAUGGCAUAGAUAGAUCUGAUCUUGCGUAGAUCGACAAUUCCUAUAAUUGAGUAAUAUAGUUCUUUUCGCGCAGGUCUUGUCUCGCAAGAAUAAAUCGGUAUACAAACGUAUAAAGUCAGAUUAAUUUAUAAAUAUGAUUUAUCUCAAUUAUCUUUUUCAAUUUAUAGAUACUCAAAUUCCAGGAUAUUAUUAAAAUUUUAAUUUCUUAUAACUCUCACACAAAAAUUUCUUGAUUUGGAGACUUUUCAUGAUUUAACGUUACAGUGUGUAUUCAAUUCAAUAUCUGACACAAUGCUGAGAAUACUAUUAUUAAGAAAGUUACUAUAUUAUUAAUUAAUUAUAAUGUAUACCAAUGGAAUAUAAUGGUGAAGAGAGAAACUAUAGAGCUUGCGAAUAUUGCGAGGAAAAUAGUGCUGUAUACGUAUAUAGAUACAAGUCGGAGAAUUAGUGUCUAUAAAAUGAAUAGGAGAACAAUUGUGGAAUGCAACUAAAUUUACAUACACUUUGCAUAUCGCAUAGCUUUGAUAUUUAAUCGACAUUUGCAUUUUUAAUAUUUUCCUUUCAGAUUUUGUCCAAUAAUUAUUUGCAAUAAAUUUUACAUUAUU